AAAAGUGCGAUGCGUAGUGAGUAGAGGGCGCUACGUUCUUUCUCGACGUGUAAAAUAAAUAUGGUUUCCAACACGAAGAAAAGAGACGGUUCUGCGGCAAAGCAAGCACAGACUCCAUCAGUACCCAAGGAAGAGGAGAAGCCGAUCAAGGUUGACAAGUGGGAUGGAAAUGCUGUUAAAAAUGCUCUCGACGAUGCAGCAAAAAAGGUAAUCAUGCAGAAGCUUGGAUAUCUGGAGGAUCAUUCGUUGAUGGAUGGCCGGCUAGCCAUCUCCUUCACAGCAUGUCUUCUUGCCGGUAUUGCUCUAAUCUGGGACCACCUCCACCCAUUCCCAGAGUCGAGACCCGUGCUUAUAUUCUGUGUUGUCAGCUAUUUCGUCAUGAUGGCCGUGCUGACUGUCUACGUACAGUUUAGAGAGCGGGGAUGCUUCAUGGUGGCACUAGACAGAGAUACUGCAGGAGUGGACCCAGAUAAUCUCUGGCGAUUAAGAUCUUUCAUUCACAGAUACGACGAUAUAUACAAUUUAACAAUGAUAUUCGAGGAUGGACAGACACAAAAGGUGAGAGAGGCGAGCAUAUCUAAAUCUGUGGCUGCCUGGUACGACGAAAAUGGAACGUUGGUGUGGGAGCUGUUUGAACCGGAGAUCGUGAAACUUCACAACAGCCUUGUGGCCGAGAAGAAGGAGAAAUGAUGUCCAUAGUAGUACUCUUUUAGACAUUGGUGUUGGAAAUCAUCAGGUGAAAGUGGAAACAGUACCAGUGACAGUUUGUCAUUCUCAGAGUUUGGCAGUCUCAUCUAUUAUAUACAUACAGGCUUCAGAUUGUCACUGUGGUGUUCAGUGUUUUCAGAAUGGAGCUGGGAGAAAAGGAGGUAAUGUGUUGAGAAAGUUUGCAAUGCAAUUCAAAUUAGAAGACCAAACUAAAUGUUAAGUCGGUAUAGUGAGACGAUAAUGUUCAGAACAGGAAAUAUUCUAUUUCAGUACAUCUUGGAAGUCAUGUCUUGUAUAUUACACAUCUGGUAAAGAGUAAAUAUAUUGCGCAUUUUUGAAAUACAGGUUGCAUUUUAAUUUUUUUCUGUCUGCUGUGAAUAAGCAUAAAUAAUUCUUUCGAGUAACACAAACUGUAUAGUGCUAACUAGUGUUAUAUGUGCAUUAAUUAGGAUGAUUGGCUUUAUACAUGCAUUUGGCAAACUUUUCCUUUGAUCCAUUACGUGAAAUAAACAUUUGACUGACACCAGUUUCUUAAAAAA